AUCAAACGUAUUGUGUUUUCCGUUCCGGUCAGGUGACUGGUCUUAACCAAUCAUUACUUAGAAUUUGAUCCUGGAAGUGGAUCCUCUGGCCUUCCACCCAUCGUCUACCGACCGCUUGCUAGCUUUGCGGAGAACGAACGAAUCUAGUGAAACCAUGGGGAAUCGGGGGAUGGAGGAAUUGAUCCCCCUGAUCAAUCAACUUCAGGAUGCUUUCAGCUCAAUCGGACAGAGUUGUAACUUGGACCUUCCCCAGAUAGCCGUGGUCGGUGGACAGAGCGCUGGGAAAAGCUCUGUUUUGGAAAACUUCGUUGGCAGGGACUUUCUUCCCCGAGGGUCAGGUAUCGUCACACGCAGGCCUCUUGUUCUGCAGCUGGUCAACAACAAAGCAGAGUAUGCAGAGUUCUUGCACUGUAAGGGUAAAAAGUUUGUGGACUUUGACGAGGUGCGGCAGGAGAUCGAGGCAGAGACGGACCGCAUCACAGGCUCCAACAAGGGCAUCUCUUCAAUCCCUAUUAACCUCAAAGUCUUCUCCCCUAAUGUAUUGAAUCUGACCCUUAUUGACCUGCCGGGGAUGACGAAGGUCGCGGUGGGGGACCAGCCCCACGACAUCGAAUUCCAGAUCAGGGACAUGCUGAUGCAGUUUAUCACCAAGGAGACCUGCCUCAUCCUGGCCGUCACGCCCGCCAACACCGACCUGGCCAACUCCGACGCUCUCAAGAUUGCCAAGGAGGUUGACCCACAGGGCCUGCGCACCAUUGGCGUCAUUACCAAGCUGGAUCUGAUGGAUGAAGGGACAGACGCCAGAGAUAUUCUGGAAAACAAACUGCUGCCUCUGCGUAGAGGCUACAUUGGGGUAGUGAACCGCAGUCAGAAGGACAUCGACGGCAAGAAGGACAUCAAAGUUGCGCUGGCCGCCGAGAGGAAGUUCUUCCUGUCUCACCCCAGUUACAGACACAUUGCAGAGCGCAUGGGCACCCCACACCUGCAGAAGACCCUCAAUCAGCAAUUGACCAACCACAUCCGGGACACACUGCCUGGCCUGCGCAGUAAGCUGCAGUCUCAGCUUCUCUCCCUGGAGAAGGAGGUGGAAGAGUAUAAGAACUACAGACCAGACGACCCCACCCGCAAGACCAAGGCCCUCCUCCAGAUGGUGCAGCAGUUCGGCGUGGACUUUGAGAAGCGCAUCGAGGGCUCCGGGGACCAGGUGGACACUAAGGAGCUGUCGGGCGGAGCCAAGAUCAACCGCAUCUUCCACGAGCGCUUCCCCUUUGAGCUGGUCAAGAUUGUGUUUGAUGAGAAGGAGCUGAGAAAGGAGAUCAGCCACGCCAUCAAGAACGUCCACGGUGUCAGAACCGGGCUGUUCACUCCAGACCUGGCGUUCGAAGCCAUCGUGAAAAAGCAGAUCGUAAAGGUGAAAGCGCCCUGUAUCAUAUGUAUCGAUAUGGUCAUUCAGGAGCUCAUCAACACAGUCAGGGAUUGCACCAGAAAGCUCACCGCCUACCCCAGACUGCGAGAGGAGACGGAGAGGAUCGUCUCCACCCAUGUGAGGGAGAGAGAGGGCAAAACCAAGGAUCAGGUUCUUCUGCUCAUUGACGUCGAGCUGUCGUACAUCAACACCAACCACGAGGACUUCAUCGGCUUCGCUAACCUUGACUGGGUGGCUGGCAGGCUGGACGAUGGCGGCUUCCCGCCCAACAACAGCGCACAGCAGAGGAACAUCCAUGCGAACAAGAAGAGGGCCAUUCCUAACCAGCUAGGUGGCCUCAUUGAGGGCGAACCGGAAAAGGUGAUCCGGAAAGGCUGGCUCACCAUCAACAUCAGCAUCAUGAAAGGAGGAUCCAAGGAGUACUGGUUUAUCCUGACUGCGGAGUCAUUCUCGUGGUACAAGGACGAGGAAGAGAAGGAGAAGAAAUACAUGCUACCCCUGGACAACCUGAAAAUCCGGGAUGUGGAGAAAGGCUUCAUGUCUACUAAGCACAUUUUUGCCAUUUUCAACACUGAGCAAAGGAACGUGUAUAAGGACCUGCGUCAAGUUGAGCUGGCUUGUGACUCCCAGGACGAUGUUGACAGCUGGAAAGCCUCUUUCCUGAGGGCGGGCGUCUACCCAGAGAAGGAUCAGGUGGACCAGGAGGAGGCCUCGUCAUCGGAGACCCUCUCCAUGGACCCCCAGCUGGAGAGGCAGGUGGAGACCAUCAGGAACCUGGUCGACUCCUACAUCGGCAUCGUCAACAAGACCGUCCGCGACCUCGUCCCCAAAGCCAUCAUGCACCUCAUGAUCAACAGCACGAAGGAGUUCAUCCACUGCGAGCUGCUCUCCUACCUGUACAACUCCGGCGACCAGAGCAGUCUGAUGGAGGAGUCGGCUGACCAGGCCCAGCGACGGGACGAAAUGCUGCGCAUGUACCACUCCCUCAAGGAGGCGCUCAAGAUCAUCGGAGACAUCAGCACCACCACCAUUACCGUGCCCGUGCCCCCGCCCGUAAACAGCGGCUGGAUCGAACCAAGCCCCACAACUCAGCGCAAGCCGGUCGCAGCGGCUCCCCAUACCAACCGGCCCCCGGCGGUGAGGGGUCCGACACCGGGCCCCCCUACCUUGAUGCCCAUGGCCGCUCCCCCCAUUCCCUCUCGCCCCGGCCCCCCCGUCAACGCCUUCAGUAACAACAGCUUCCAGGACCCCUUCAGCGCCCCCCCUCAGAUCCCCUCGCGGCCCGCCCGCAUACCUCCAGGUGUGCCCAGCCGAAGACCCCCUGGCGCCCCCCACCGGCCCACCAUAAUCCGCCCGGCCGAGCCCUCCCUGCUCGACUAGGCCCGAGCCUGCAGCAGGAGCAGGGGGGCGUGCUGGGUCCCUGCAGCCGAGCUGGAGAGGGGGCCAUGAGCACCGAAAACGCGUGCAUGUGGUUUAUUUCGUUUUUUUGUUGUUGUUUUUGUUGUUGUUGUUGUUUUUCUUGAUACAUCCAGCCUGACCAGUAGACCUAAUGUAGUAGUCCACCUGUUCUCUAAGUGUGGGACAGUGGCUAAUAUCUCAUCCAUUUAAGUAAUUGAAAUCCAAAAAAAAGGAAUGAUGAAAAGGAAUGGAAGAA